AAGCGUCGAAGAAAGCAUAACGGUCUCAACAUGACUGCUGUGAAUGGUGGAAGCGUUUUGAAAUUCGCCAAAUUAUCAGAAAAAGCAUAUGCACCUACGAAAGGUUCAGCUUUAGCGGCUGGAUACGAUUUACGAAGUGCUUAUGAGUGCGUUGUACCGGCUCGAGACAGGAGUUUGGUGAAAACUGAUAUACAAGUACAGGUUCCUCCUGGCACUUAUGGCAGAAUAGCUCCAAGAUCUGGUUUAGCAUUGAAAAAUUUCAUAGAUGUUGGCGCAGGCGUCGUUGAUGCGGACUAUCGCGAAGAAAAUGUAUGGAAACUGUGCCAGGACGUCGCUACCAAACACGGUUCGGAAUUACAACAUUGUCACGUUGCUUUCAUAAGCAAUUCUCGACGUAGCGUUCCACUUUGGCGUCAACGAGCUGGCAAAGACGAGGACAAGCUCGUAGUUUGGGAUUAUCACGUUAUCCUCAUUUACGCGCCCGACGAGAGAGCCGUCGUUUACGAUUUGGAUAGCGCUUUACCAUAUCCAACGCACUUUUGGAAAUACGCUACGGAAACGUUCAGAUCGGACGAGGCCUUGCGACCAGAAUAUCACAGAAGAUUCCGAUUGGUUCCCGCCAGUCUUUAUUUGCAACAAUUUGCCUCGAACCGGCAACACAUGAAACGCGAGGACGGCACGUGGAUCAAAACGCCACCCGAUUAUCCUCCGAUUUCAACGCCAACGUGCAAAGACAAUUUGGAUUCGUUUAUCAACAUGGACCCGGAUACCGGAUUAGGCACCGUCAUGAGCCUGAAACAGCUAGUGAACAGAUUCUAUAGGCCGAACGUUAACACACCGGCAUCGCCCUCACCUCAGACGCAAGCAACUCCGACUUAAAAACGAACGACCUCAAGAACGAGUAUUUACGCGUACUCGAAGCCUUUUGCUUUUUUUGAGGAAAAAAAACAAAAAAAAACAACAAAAAAGGAAAAGAAAGAAUAUACAAAAUCAUUAUAUCGUGUGGCCUAAGAGAGAGAGAGAGAGAGAGAGAGAGAGAGAGAGAGAGAGAGAGAGAGAGAGAGAAUCGAUAGGUGCUCGUCGUACGUCGUAUCUACGACUCUCUUCCCGUCGAGGGAUUCGAUACACCUUUCGAAAUACUUACCCACAAGCGUCUCGUUGUACAUAGGUCCGCGCGUCGUCUUGUCUUCUCUUCUUGUGUCCUCUUCUCGUGUCGCAACGCACACGAGCAGAAAAGUAUAUACAUAUAAUGGCGAAACGAGUCGAGUCGCGAUACGAGUUCUCGUAGUUCGCGACGAUCCUAUCGGAUAUUCGUUCGCUUUGUUGAACAUAUCGAGAAACGUACGAAAUACGCGCAAACUAAGAUAUUUUUUAUUUUAUUCCGUUAGUAAUAAUUUAAUAAUAAUAAUAAUAAUAAUAAUAAUAAUAAUAAUAAUAAUAAUUAAUGAUAACGAUUACGCGGAUGAUCCUCGUUUGUGUUCUCUGCGUUCGUUGAAAGUACGACGGGACACUUUUCUUUUUUAUCCACGCGUUUCUCUCCUUCACGGAAAAUCAAAAUACGAGGUCGCCGUUGUUCGAAAAAAAAGAGAAAAGUAAUAGAAGAAGAAGAAGAAGAAGAAGAAGAAGAAGAUAAUUUAAUGGCUCCUUUAUACGCACACAUUUAUCAGUGAUUUAUUCGUCGGUAAGUACUUCGACCAUCGUAUAUUUUCGGAAGGAUUCUUCGUAACGUUUCUCCACUCUUUUUCGAGGGUAUAUUUUCAUCUUUCUCUUUCUAAAUAUCUUUACUCGAGCCUUCUAUCCCCGUUCUCUAUCGCGCACAAUGUUACGACGUUUGACCAUGCAUCAAAAACUUAAAUCGCCUUUUAUAAGUGUUCUCGUCUACGGAAAAAAGAGGAAAACGUUUAAUGAUUAUAUACAUACGCACAUAUAUAUAUGCAUAUAGAUGCGCAUGUGUGUAUAAAAGACGAUCUUUCUCACUCAGCUUUACUCUCUAUCAGUGGUAUUAUUAUAAUUAUUGUGUCAAAGACUGAUGUAUUUACGGGAGAAUCCCAAACACGAAGAAAAUCCCUUUGGUGAUAUUCGUUGGCGCGUGUUCGUUGCACGAACACGAUUAAAGCGCUUAUAAUUAAUGUGUGAUCGAUAAUGUAAGAAGCAACGUCUUACUCUCUUGCGAGAUAAUUGUAAUUAUAAACGAUUAUUAUAAUCCUUGUGAUACUUU